AUGUUUCGUUUUCCGUUCCGUGCUGCCAGCCUCCACGGCUCUGGUAGGAGACGACUAAAUGUGUCUCAGCAGGCUGCCAGUCCCUGCCUGGUGUGGCUCCUGGGAUUGGUGCUUCAGCUGACUCUCUCAUCGUCUCAGCGGGUCGACCUGAAACACCCCGUAGUUUCCACCGGCUAUGGAAAGGUCCGUGGCAUCAAAAAGGACCUCAACAAUGAGAUCCUAGGCCCAGUGGAACAGUUCUUAGGUGUGCCGUAUGCCACAGCUCCCAUCGGUGAGCGGCGCUUCCAGCCCCCUGAAGCCCCGGGCUCCUGGCAGGAAAUACGCAACGCUACCCAGUUUGCACCUGUGUGUCCCCAGAAUGUGCACGGUGUCUUACCUGAAAUCAUGCUACCGGUGUGGUUCACAGACAACCUGGAUGCUGCAGCAACCUACGUUCAGAACCAGAGUGAGGACUGCCUUUACCUCAACAUCUACGUGCCCACUGAAGACGGUCCGCUCACUAAAAAGCACGAUGAGUCGACUUCGAAUCGGCCGAGGGACGAAGACAUUCGGGAUCGUCGUAAGAAGCCAGUGAUGCUGUUCAUCCACGGGGGCUCUUACAUGGAGGGCUCGGGGAACAUGUUUGAUGGGAGCGUUCUCGCCGCCUACGGAAACGUGAUCGUUGUCACCAUGAACUAUCGGCUCGGUGUGCUCGGCUUCCUGAGCACUGGAGACCAGUCUGCGAAGGGGAACUAUGGGUUGUUGGAUCAGAUCCAGGCGCUGCGCUGGCUCAAUGAAAACAUAGGCCACUUUGGAGGAGACCCAGAGAGAAUCACCAUCUUUGGCUCCGGAGCUGGUGCCACCUGCGUGAACCUUCUCAUCCUGUCCCACCACUCCGAGGGCUUAUUCCAGAGGGCCAUUGCUCAAAGUGGCUCAGCCAUCUCCAGCUGGUCAGUCAACUACCAACCUCCGUUGUACACCGAGAUCCUGGCGAAGAAGGUGGGCUGCACUCUGGACAACAUGGCUGAGUUGGUGGACUGCCUACGGAGGAAGAGUUUUCGGGAGUUGGUGGAUCAAGACAUCCAGCCUGCACGCUACCACGUUGCCUUUGGGCCAGUGGUAGAUGGCGACGUGGUGCCAGAUGACCCAGAGAUCCUCAUGCAGCAGGGUGAGUUCCUCAACUACGACAUACUGCUAGGUGUCAACCAAGGGGAAGGUCUGAAGUUUGUGGAUGACAGUGAAGGAGAAGAUGGAAUAUCAGCUGCCUCAUUUGACUACACUAUCUCUAACUUUGUGGAUAACCUCUAUGGAUACCCUGAUGACAUCCUGAGGGAGACCAUAAAGUUCAUGUACACGGACUGGGCUGACAGGGACAACAGUGACAUGCGACGGAAGACCCUCCUGGCUCUGUUCACGGACCACCAGUGGGUGGCCCCAGCUGUUGCCACUGCCAAACUGCACGCCGAGUUCCAGUCGCCUGUUUUCUUCUAUACCUUCCACCAUCACUGUCAGACGGAAGCAAGGCCCGAGUGGGCAGACGCUGCCCAUGGAGAUGAGAUCCCCUACGUGUUUGGGAUUCCCAUGGUGGGGGCCACUGACCUCUUUCCUUGUAACUUCUCCAAGAAUGACGUCAUGCUCAGUGCUGUGGUCAUGACAUACUGGACCAACUUUGCAAAGACAGGGGAUCCUAACCUCCCUGUUCCUCAGGACACAACAUUUAUUCACACUAAGCCUAACCGUUUCGAGGAGGUCAUCUGGACAAAGUUCAGUUCCAAAGACAAGCAGUAUUUACAUAUAGGCCUGAAGCCUCGCGUCAGAGAUAACUACCGUGCCAACAAGGUGGCUUUUUGGCUGGAGCUUGUGCCGCAACUUCACAGCAUGUACACUAGAAUUACGGAACCGGCCACCACUCGACUGCCUCCCGGAGGUACCGGCCGCCGGAAGAGCCCCCAUCCCGGCGUUCGCUCCACCCAGCACCCGGUGAUCUCCACCUAUCCACCAGAACCUGAGCCGGAUGGUUCAGAGAAACCCCGCUACUCUCCCUUCCCCAGUGAGACGAGGGACUACUCCACCGAGCUGAGCGUGACCGUAGCUGUUGGUGCGUCCCUUCUUUUCCUCAACGUCCUGGCCUUUGCCGCGCUCUACUACAAACGGGAUAAGCGUCAUGAACUCAUGCAGAGACGUCAUCGCCGGCUCUCACCGCAACGUGGUACCACAAUCGGCAUGGGCGUCGGCAUGGGAGUCGUAGGGGCCCCACCGCACAAUGACCUGGUGCUGAGUCAGGAGGAGGAGCUAAUGUCCCUGCAGAUGAAGCAGCAGAGGGUGGAGCUGGAGCACGGGACGCCUCUCCCUUCCCGUGGCAUUCACGGUGAUCUGGAGCCGCUGCGACCUCCCGUGUGCCCACCCGACUACACGUUGGCCCUGCGGCGGGCGCCCGAGGACGUGCCACUGAUGACCGCCAACACCAUAACCAUGAUCCCCAGCACCAUUAGCAGCAUUCAACCGCUCCACCCCUUUAACACGUAUCCCCCCGUCCCGGCCCCUUCCUCUACACCCGUCCCCAGCCACAGCAACAACGCUCUGCCACACCAACACUCCACAACCCGUGUAUAGGACAAGGCACAAGCUCUGCUACCCGUCACUGGGCUCACAAAGAUGCACCACACAAACUGCUCCAUCCAAACUUCACUCUCACCAACCUCUACUCUUUUCCGC